GGCAUUAUCCGGCUGGGCUCUCCACGCAGCUGAAGAGCUCCUCUCUCUCUCUCUCUCUCUUUCUUUUUCUUAAAAAAUAUAAAAUACCCAACGGCUGUAUCGUGUACAAGACCUGUCAGUUUUAUUUUGUGCGUGUGUUUCUCAGUGUCCCCCGCGAGUUUUCGCUGCGUGUUCAAUCAACAAUUCGACAUUAUCUCUCUGGUCGUGUUUACAGUGUCACCUCAGAAACCAAAAAAUAUUUUGAUUGUUUAGACAACGAACAAGAAAAAGGGCGUUUGGUGUGCGAUCAAUGUGCCAAGUGAUGAACGAUGAUCUUGGGCCCCAUCGUACGGGCAAUUCACUCGCUUCUCAUCAACAGCAGAUCAACGACGUUUCGCUAUCUGUCGCUAUGAACGGACACGUCAAUUCGACCAUGUCUGCCACUCGGCCAUCAUCGCUUGCCACUCCGACUGUGCAUCACGGUUCGUUUGCGGCCGGUCAUUCAUCGACGAUCCCGCUCGAUCUUCGAGGAGCGGCCAUUCAUCCGUCAGCUUCGUAUCCGGCCAGCGAUGAAGGGGACAGCGGGACAGAAGAAAACAAUCAAGACGUGUGCGAAAUCAACGUCGACUCGGACGACUCGGACGAUGGUGGCGAAGAGAUGGACGACGCACCUCUCAACGGCCAUCAUCAUUUCCCUUUCGCCUUCGAUCCGCACAGUCCGUUCCUAGGCCAGGCGGCGGCCUUUUUCGGGGCCGGCGGAAGCGUCGCCGGUGGCUUGAUGAAUCCGGCCAUGACGGCCGCAGCGGCGGCCCAGGCCGAAUGGUUCAUGCAAGCCGCCAUGGCCAACGCGGCCACGAUGAACCAACAGCAACAAAUGUCGGCCUCUCAUCCGCACGCUGCCGCAUCGUCAGACACGAUGGCCGGUCACGGCGGCAAAGCGUCGCACAGCAAAUCGUCCAGUCGUCAUCAUCACGACAGGUCCGGCAAAGACCACAAGGACGGAAAGAGUCACAGCAAAAGCCACAACCGGAGUUCGGGUUCGAGCGACGGUGAGGCCGGUGGACCCGCCGUCAGUGGCGGCGGUAAGUCGAAGAAGAGCGGCCUAGUCAAGCCGCCUUAUUCGUACAUCGCCCUAAUUACCAUGGCCAUCUUGUCGUCUCCGCACAAGAAAUUGACACUCAGCGGCAUUUGCGAAUUCAUCAUGAAUCGAUUCCCUUAUUACCGCGAUCGAUUCCCCGCAUGGCAGAACUCGAUCCGUCACAAUCUCAGCCUCAACGAUUGCUUCGUCAAGAUUCCCCGGGAGCCGGGCAAUCCGGGAAAAGGCAACUACUGGACGCUGGACCCGAUGGCCGAAGACAUGUUCGACAACGGCUCUUUCCUGCGUAGGCGCAAGCGCUACAAGAGGCAACAGUCGGAUUUCUUCCGCGAUCCCGCAGCUGCUACGGCCGCUUUCCUUCAUCAUAUGGCCGUCACUGAUCCUUACACUCAUCAGGCUCUGCUGGCCGGUCAUCAUCAUCCGCAUCACGCGGCAAUGGCGGCCGCUGCGGCUGCUUUCCCGCCGACACCUUUAGCAACCCCGCAAGAUCGGAUGCCGUCAGCCCAGUCAACGUCAUCAAACGGACAAGGUAGCGGGCCGGGCAGUUUCUUACCUCCGUUCAAUCUGAGCGGAAUGACCAGUUUGGGUGUUCCAGCGAACUUCUCGCUGCCUCCGCAACAACACCAUCCGCACAAUAUGAGUGGCUUCCAUCCCAAUUCUUCCAGCGGAUCAGAGAUGCAAAUGGGCAAUCCAUUCCAGUCGGCUAAUAACAUCGUCAAGCCGAUCGCUGUUCCAGCUGGUAGUAGCAGCAACACAUCAACCGGAAUUCAACGAUCGCCUUCCGUCAAUCGGUGCAGUAAAGGUCCAAUUGUUCCACAAUUUUCUCCCGAAUCAUCCGGAAUUCCAUGCAGUCCAACUACACCCACUUCACCUGGUUGUUCAUCAAUCCCAACCGGCCGUAAAGGUAGCGCUAACAAGACCACCUUCAGCAUCGACAGCAUCAUCGGAAGCAAUAAGAACGAAGCGGUCGAUGUCCUCGUCGACGGUGAGCUUAAAACAACAUCGCCAACGGGCGGAUCGGCAAAUGCAGGAGGCCUACCGUCCAUCGUUGAAACUGAAUUCAACUUAUCGAACCUAUCGAGUGGUGACCUGGACAAAUUGCGACGCUUGGCCAUGGUGACGGGCGUUCAGGGCCUCUCACGGUUCGCUAAUAGUUUAGCGCCCGUUACCUGGGCCAGGUGAACGAAAUGAAAACGCGUUUGUUAUGUGCUCAUUUGCUACGUUUUAUGUUUGGUUCCCCUUUGUGCACGAACGUUUUGUUGUACACGUCGUUCAAUUUUAGGUGGGGUUUCUUUCGCUGUUUAGUCUUUGCUCUCUACAUAACCUGCACUAACAAUUAGUGUGAACUUCAUUUUACUUUUCCAAUCAAGAAUAAGAGAAAUAUGUAAAUAGUGUACAUAUGUUUACAGUACGUACAAAAUUGUUAGAUGAAACGACGAACCAGUUUAGUUCAGGAAGGAUAGCUAUUUGAAAAGGAAAAAAAAAAAAUUAUAUGUUUGAUCUCAAAAUUCAAGAACAUGUUUUCUAGAAACCUAAGAAAUAAAGUAACAGUUUUAAAUAUUUGCUUUAGAGAGAGAGAGAACAAAUAUCGUGUGUCUAGGCCGUAUAACUGAAAUGCCAAUGUUUUCAAUUUAUUCCCGUGUAUAAAUAAUAAAACUUAAAAAAUAUCCACUACGAAAUCUAUAAAUAUUAUACAUAAUUUAUGUCGCGCGGUACGGUCGGGUAUCGUGUGCUCCAUCAUAACAAAUCCAUGUACAAUGAUGUUUUCAUCCCCGCCCCAUUUAUCCUUUUGCUAAAUAUUGUUGUCCUGAAACAUAUGAUUUUUUUCAUUCUCUGUACACAUGUUGCUGUCAAUGUCGAUGUGCUGCCUGCCCGUGGCUGUUUUAACAAUAUACAAAUCUCUCUGA